AUGAUAGCCCAAGCUCCCUCCCCAACCACCGUUAUGUCUUUCACCACCUCUACCACCCCUAGCAGUGACACUGGCACCGCUUCCACGUCAGCUGGGGCCGACUCCACGUCAGCCAGAGCCGAUUCCACGUCAGCAGGAGGCGAGCGGGGGUUCUGGUCGCGGGGUGACAGCUCAGCAGCUGCUGCGGCGGCUGCUGUGGCGACAGGUGCUACUAGUGAAGGCUGGGGGGUUGGUGGGUCGUAUGGUAGAGGGAGUAUGAGGAGGGAAGGGCGUAGUGAUGGUGUAGAGAGGGAAGCAAGGCGAAGGGAAGGUGAUGGUGGUGAGCUGGGAGUUCGAAUGGGUGCUGAGGAGUUGACUGGGCGAGAGAUGGGGGCAAUGCGUGAGAUGGGGAUGGAUGAGAGGGUUGAUGCUGCUGCUGAUGCUUAUGGGGGAGAGGAGGCAGAGGGGGCUGUUCGUUUGAAUCGUGAUGGUGGCAGGGGCAGUGACUAUAUAGCAUCACUUAUGGCACCACCAGCAGCAACUGAAGACGUUCCAAGUGUUGUUGAUUCCCCUCCAGCGGCUCAGGUGCCCUCUGUGAACCCCCAGGUGGUGCCAACAGAGCGCCAGGUGCCUCUAGCAGACGCUCAGUUGGAGCGGGCAGGAAGUGCAGGCAGGCAGACAGCAGGAGAGGCGAGGUUGGGCAAUGUAGGUGGGGGGGCAGGGGAGCAGCCCCUUGGCGUGUGGGUGGGCCGGGGAAGGGCAGCAUUUCGACCGAAUCUUGAUAGGGUGGCAGAGGAAGAGGGGCGAGACGGGGGGAUGGGCAGGGGUGGAAAUGUGAUGGAUGAGGAGGAAAAUAUUUUCCAGAGAGAAGAAGGUUCCUGGAAGCACGCGCUGAGGGACAUUGCGAUGCGGCCUGAGAGGCACGGCGAUGUGGUGCUGUUUGCUGAUGCCUCCGUGGUGGUCAUUCGCGAUAAGUACCCCAAGGCCCGGCACCAUCUGCUGGUGAUCGCACGAACGGACGGUGUGGAUCGCAUCAUAGACGCCACAGCGACAGAUCUACCUCUGCUGCGCCACAUGCUGGCAGUCGGGCAGCUCUGGGCGGCACAUUCCGUCUCACCCUCCUCCUCCUCCAACCCCACUCUCGGAUCCCACAAUGCGCCUAACCCAACUCCUGCCUCUCGCGCUGCACCACAACAAGACAACUUGCCACAGAAACCACCUGAAAAUUCUCCUGAUGCUGCGCCUCCAGGAGUGUCAGGUGCUGCUUCAGGUGAUCGGCCAGCUGCGGAUCCAGGCAGUGAAGGCGAGCAUGCGAGGGAGAAGGCUCUGCCUGGGAAGGGAGGGCUGGGUGUGCCUAUAACGAGGGGCCCUGGGCCAGGUGUGACAACAGCAGGGUCAUCGCCACCUCAGCCACUGCGCUUCCGAUUUGGCUUCCACCAGGUGCCAUCCAUGCACCAGCUACACCUGCACGCCAUAAGUCAGGACCUGGACUCGCCCCACCUGAAGCACAAGAAGCAUUGGAACUCCUUCGCCUCGCCCUUCUUCCGGGAUGCCCUUCAGGUGAAUUUUCUUCAGAUAGAGCAGCACGGCCAUGUGCUGCCAGCUCUGCCGUCCACCCACAUCUCCUCGUCUGUAGCCAGACAGAAUCUCUUCCCAGGCUCGGGUGAAACCUCCCCCAGGGCUCCCCCCGUUGCUGCAGGGGCAGGAGCGGGAAAAGGGAGUGGAGCAGCAGUAGCAGAGGGUGUAGCUGUAGCAGCAGCAGAGGCAUUGGGUGGGCUGGCAAUAGCAGGUGAUGGAGAUGGUAAGAGUGGAGAGAGGGUGGCAGGUGAGGAGUCUCGAAAGGCUGUAGCAGGUGCUGCUGUUGCAGCACGGUCACGGUCAAGGUUGGGUGCUUCUGAUGAGCUUGUAGGAGCCUUGGAGAAAGAGGCUCGGCAUCUGCUUCGGCACGAGCUUCGGUGCCACCGAUGCCACAGCGUGCAGCCGAACCUCCCGAGGUUGAAGACGCAUAUUCGUACUUGUUCUGCACCCAUGCCGGGUACCCAAGUUGGCCUGGAUAGCAGUGGUGGUGAUGUGGUUGGUGGUAGCAGUGGUGGUGGAGGUGGGUCAGAUACUAGGAACUAG